AUGAACAAAUAUACUCUAAGAUUUGAGAAUGCUAAGUUAGAAUAAGAAUACUAAAAAACUGAAUUUGAUGCAUUUAGAAGUAAAACUAAUUCUUAUUUUCUCCUUAUCUUUUUCAUCAUUUGUUGUUUAAACUUCUCCUCACAAUUCAUAUAUAUUCCUAAUAAUCCUUAGCAUUUAUGGCCAUUGACUAAUAUCCUCUUAAUUGUGUUAAUAUUUGUACUCCAAAGAAAAUAUCACUAUUUAGGAAAACAGCUAAUUUUUUUUGAAUGUCUUGUUGCGAUUUCAUCAAUACUUUAAAUAACUUAUUCCCAUAAUAUGUCAAGUGACUCUUUAAAUUGUGUACUCCCUAUUAUUGAUAUGAUAUCGAAUUUACACUUAUUACAAAUAUUUGAUCUUAGUUGUAUUUAGAUUCUUCUAACUAUGGGAUUUAAGAUUUAUGUUUAAUGUGUAAAUUAACCAGACUUUAACUUAUUUACAGUAUUAACCUAAAUUCUUAGUUCUACUAUUUAGAUUAUUACUAUUUACUUCUAUAAACAUUGGAGCAGAUAAUAAUUUACACUCUAUAUGAAAGAUCUAAUAUGGUAAUAGUAGCUUUCAAAUAUAAUUUAAAAACCUUUUUUUAAAUUUUCACUUGAUCCUAUUUCCAACAAUUUUGUUACUCUUUUAUCUAACAAAAUUAAUCUUUUUCCAGGAUUCAAAUCUAUUUUCUGUGAUAGUUGUAAUCUAAGAGCCUUCUUGAGAUUAUGCUAAAAUCAAAAUAUAACACUUGAAUAAAAAUUACUUAUUGAUUAUUAAGCAGAUAAGUAACAACUUACACAACAUAAUUAUGAAUUAACUUAUUAAUACAAUUAAAAAUCUUUCAAAAUUCGUAUUUGCAAUAUGAAUAUUGAAAGAUUUAAAUGUAUAUUAAUACUUGAAUAAUGUACUUAAAAAUAAAAAUAGGUUGUUUCAAUUUCUAAUAUCAAAAAAUCUAUGUUAAAUUCAUUAACCUCUAAUUCGAAGUUAUUGAAUCAUAAAUUCUUUAAAUUAGGAAUUCUAACUAUUUUACAUUUCAACAAUAAAUAAAUUGGAAUACUUAAUAGUUAUGAUCUCAUGAAGAAGAUUGUUAAUUAUUUCAACUUUCUUAAUAUUGAAUUAUUUCCACUUAAAUCUUCAAAUACAUACUUAUUAUCUACAUAUAAGUAACAAUUAUUUAUAUUUAUGAUUUGUAUUUUCAACAUUUUGACUAAUUUGACAAAAAUGAAAAACUCAAAGAUAUUUAUCAAUUUAUCAAAUGAUAAAGGAACAAUCAAUAUCAAAAUUUAAGGAAUCAAUGAAAUUAUAUUUUUAGAAUAAUUCAAAAUGAAUAUGUUUUUAAUGCAAACUUAAUCAUAAUUACUCCUAACUUCAGUUGAUAAAAAUUUGACACUCAAAUUAUCAAAUAAAUAAAUGAAGUGA